UAGCGGCACCAUCUGGAGAGGCAGUGAACUGUGUUUGUUGUACACUUGUUCGUGAUUCCAGCUGAGCAGACUCGAGCCUACGGCAACAUGAGGUUCCUCGCACAAGCCUUGUUCUGUCUUGCGGCGCUGUCGGCAGUUUUCGCUGUUCCAGCACGCGUCUGGAAGCCGGAGAAAGAUCUUCACGUCGCACGGCCGCAGCUGCGUCAUGCCGACAGCCGCCUGAGUAUCGAAUUCAAUGAGCUGUUCGACCGCCUGAUCGACGGCAUAUCGACUUUCAUUGUUUCCAGCGGUCUCGACCCACUGCCGCUUCCGGACGAGGGAAUCGAGUCCACCAUUACUGAUCCGCUGGGCAUCGAGCGCACGACAGAGAUCUCACUGAAGAAGGGCUGGUUGACCGACCUGUCCACAUUCCAACGAGACGGCGACGCCAAGGUCCGCUACGUCAACUCGUCCCUGCACGUGUUCAGCGUGGGCCUGGACUUCCCAACGGUCUCCGUAGCGUACGACUAUACACUGAAGAUCCUGGACAUCGGACCGACAGGCAGCAUCAACGCCAAAGCGGAGGACCUCCUCGUCUCUCUGGAAGUCAACAUCGAUGUCGCGACAUCGCAGCUCUCGCUGGGUAGCUACACCAUCACCGAUGCUGGGAAGCUGACCGUACAACUGCAAGGGGGCACGCUGGUGGACUGGAUCGCCAAUGGGGUCAUCAACCUCUUCACGUGGCUCUUCCAGGAUGUGCUGCUGGGGGUGGUUGAGGACAGGGUGCGCCCCGUGCUGGCCCAGCGGCUGUCCCAGCUCACUGUGCAGGACGUGCUGGAGGCGGCGGGGGUGGCGCAGGGGCUCUGA